AUGGCCCCCCUCGAAUUAUCAAAACUAAAGGCAUUCUUGGCUGAUGGAUCCGAACCACGGGAACCACUCCCGAUUGACAUCCACUACCUGAAAGGUUUCAAGUGGAACACAAUAGUGAGCUACAACACAGCAGUGAAGAAAUACAUGCGUUUCAAAGAAGCAACAAACGGGAUACCAUUCCGCCUACCGAACAUUGCCGAAACGCUGCAACAUAAAGGUGCUCUGGGAGGCGCAGUACUUGACAUGGCAUUGACGGCGUUCUGGGGGAUGGCACGCCUAGCUGAAGUAACGUACGCAACGGAAGAAGGCCCGAUAAAGAAGGCCCUCUCCCUCCUCACUUCAGAUGUCCAACAACUAGAGGCGGGAAGCAACAGCGUCCUCAACCUCGUCCUCCGGAGCGCAAAGACCUGCACCCCGGGAACCGUAAAACUACUUCAACAGAGGAACAUAGGAGGCCAACUGUGCCCAGUUAAAGCGAUCCAGAGCAGGCUAGAAGAAGCCGGCGGCAGAGAAACAUCGCUAUUUGGUUAUUUCGAAGACGGUGUGAGGCACCACGUCACGAGAAACACUGCCGUGGCUAUACUCAAAGAGGUCUGGGCCAACGGGGGUUUUCACAGCCUCUCAGGCCACUCCUUCCGUGUAGGUGGAGCAUCACUGAGGAUGGCAAUGGGGGUCCCUAUCGAGGAGAUCUGCCAGCUGGGCCGCUGGACAUCUAACUGUUACAAGCUGUACAUAAGAGAGUACUCCAAAAAGGAACUCGCAGAGGCAAAAAUACGGAAGCCCAUAGGGGACUCCAAUUGGCUCACAAUUUUGAAAAAUGAAAAGUGA